AUGGAUUAUACAAUCGAAAGUAUCUCCAUCAAAGGCAUCAAUCUCACAUUUGCAGAUAAUUUAUUGCUCUCACCGGAAUUUGACAUCAACAUUAGUUAUGCAAACCCAAACAAGAACAUGGGUUUCUAUUACUAUGAGAUAGAUAGUCAUAUUAGCAUUUCUUACUCUACCGCCGUUCUAUGUUCAUCUGGUAAUGUACUGCCAACUUUUUACCAACCCAAAAACAAUGUAACAGUGUUAGAGACGGUUUCAAGAUGUUCGGGUGUAAAGGUAACACCAACAAUUCGAGACUCUUUAUUGCGUGAUCAGAGGAAGUCGAAGAUCCGAUUAAGUAUUGAUAUGAGUAUUCCUAUUAGAUCUGACACCGAAGCUGUUGAAACUACUGCAAGCUCAAUUCUUAAGGUUUAUUGUGACGUCAAAGUCGAUAAAUUAGCAUUGGAUUCCAAAAUCGUUUCAGAGAAAUGUAUUCUUAUUAACAAACCUUGGGCAAGUACUAACUACCAGAACAAAGGUCUCGAAGUUUCUGAUAAUAAGCUCGCUAGAGCUAGCUAUUAA